CUUUCACUCUCACCGUUUUUUCUUUCUUCUUUCUACUUUUUUUUUACAAAUAUAUAUAUAUAAUAUAUAGAUACAUAAAAGAAAACAUGACUGCUCAAACACAAGAAGAACUCCUCGCCGCUCAUCUCGAACAGCAAAGGAUCGAUAAUGAUGAACCACUGGUUGAAGAUGACGAUGAUGAAGAUGACGACGAUGAAGAUGAUGAUGCCAAUGAUGAUGACAUUAUAGGACUUGGAGAUGCAGGUGGGAGGUCCAAACAAAGUAGAAGUGAAAAGAAGAGUCGAAAGGCUAUGUUGAAGCUCGGGAUGAAACAAAUUCCUGGUGUUAGUCGUGUUACUGUCAAGAAGAGCAAGAAUAUUCUAUUUGUAAUUUCAAAACCUGAUGUGUUCAAAAGUCCCGCCUCGGACACCUAUGUUAUAUUUGGGGAGGCUAAGAUUGAAGAUUUAAGCUCGCAACUCCAAAGUCAGGCAGCAGAGCAGUUUAAAGCACCUAAUCUAAGUAAUGUAAUAUCAGAGGCUGAGCCUGCAACCAUGGCUCAAGAUGAUGAAGAUGUUGAUGACACUGGGGUGGAGCCCAAGGACAUUGAGUUGGUUAUGACACAAGCUGGGGUGUCCAGGCCAAAGGCAGUCAAGGCUCUCAAGGCUGCAGAUGGGGAUAUUGUAUCUGCAAUUAUGGAACUCACAAACUAGGACUCGCACCAUGAGUAAAUUUUCGUUCUUGUUUCUGUUUACGAAGUCUAAGAUGUUUUUACUCUAUGUUUUGAGACUUUGAGCGCAUGUUCUAUCGUGGUCUGUUGUGUAUUGACGAUGCAUUUCUUAUGAUUGCUCUAGUAAACUUCGAUAAGAAAUGACAAAAGAAAUUCGUAUGGUUUGCUGAA